ACUUUGCUAAAGUGAAACUAAACUGGAAACUUGAAUGUUAAAUAGGAUUGAUCUAUUACACAUUAUAGAAUCUAUAAAUAGGAUUGAUCUAUUACACAUUAUAGAAUCUAUCCACACAGCUACAACUUCUGUAGUCUCCAGUCACUGGAACAUUUUCCUGAUCGUAAGAAGAGAACAAACAGUCAACACACAUUGAGCAAUGGCUUCCUCCAGUAUUCUCCUGUCUGAAGAGCAGUUCCAGUGCUCUAUCUGUCUGGAUGUGUUCACGGAGCCAGUCUCCAUCCCAUGUGGACACAACUACUGCAAGGCCUGUAUCAGAGGAUACUGGGACAGCACUGACCUGUGCCAGUGUCCAAUGUGUAAGGAUACAUUUGACAGAAGACCUGAGCUUCGUGUCAACACUUUCAUUUCUGAAAUGGCUGCUCAGCUCAAGAAGUUGGCUCCAGUUGAAGCCACACCCAUCACCCCAAGACAAACCCAAACCACAACCCUCGUCAAAUCUGGAGAAGUGCCAUGUGAUGUCUGCACUGAUACUAAGCUCAUGGCCCUGAAGUCCUGCCUGGUGUGUCUGGCCUCUUAUUGUGAGACUCACCUGGAGCCUCAUCAGAUACUGGCGUCUUUCAAGAAACACAAGCUGAUCGACCCUGUGGAGAACCUGGAAGACCGGGUGUGUAAGAAGCAUGAAAGACCCAUGGAGCUGUUCUGUAAGAGUGAUCAGAUGUGUGUGUGUCAGUUCUGCACUGAGGGAGACCACAAGUCUCACAAGACUGUCCCCAUAGAGGAAGAGUAUGGAGAGAGGAAGGCUCAGAUGAGGAAGACUAAGGGUAAAGUUCAGAAGAUGAUCCAGGAGAAACUGCUGAAGGUUAAGGAGAUCAAACAGGCAGUAGAGCUCAGCAAGAUAGAUGCAAAGAGAGAGAUAGCAGACAGCGUGCAGAUCUUUACUGCUCUAGUGCGCUCCAUUGAGAGAAGCCAGGCUGAGCUCAUUGAGGUGGUUGAGGAGAAGCAGAAAGCAGCAGAGAAGCGGGCUGAAGGGCUUAUUGAAGAGGUGGAGCAGGAAAUCACUGAGCUAAAGAGGAGAAGCACUGAGCUGGAGCAGCUCUCAGAUAUUGACGACCAGUUAAUCUUUCUCCAGAGGUCCCCAUCCGUCUGUACUACCCUUCCACCUACCAAGAACUGGUCUGAGAUCAGUGUUCACAGCAGUGUGGGUGUGGGGACUCUGAGAAGAGUUAUGUCUCAGCUGGAGGAGACACUCGGUAAAGAGAUUGAAAAUGUGUGUGUUGCUGAUCUGAAGAGGAUACAGCAGUGUGCAGUGGAUGUGACUCUGGACCCUGAUACAGUACAUCCAGUCCUCAUCUUGGCUGAGGACGGGAAACAAGUGAGAAAUGGAUACAUAAUGCAGAAUCUCCCUGCCAACCGAAAGAGAUUUGUUGAAAAUCCCCGUGUUUUAGGGAAGGAGGGGUUCUCUUCAGGGAGAUUCUACUAUGAGGUGCAGGUGAAGGGGAAGUCUAGAUGGAUUUUAGGAGUGGCUAGUGAGUCCAUCAACAGGAAGGUUUGUGAUGUAUCACCGAGUCCUGUAGAUGGAUACUGGACUGUGGGGCAGUGGAAUAUAAAUGAAUACAAGGCUUACGCUGGGCCUUGGGUGAACCUCUCCCUGAGAGAGAAGCCCCAGAAGGUGGGGGUGUUUGUGGAUUAUGAGGAGGGUGAGGUCUCCUUUUAUGAUGUGGAGGCCAGGUCUCAUAUCUACUCUUUCACUGGCUACACCUUCACUGACAGACUCUACCCAUUAUUCUCAACAGGCAUGAAUACUCAUGGUGAUAACUCAGCUCCACUUAUCAUCUCUACCAUCAAGUCUGACUGAGUGAACAGGGAACUCAGUCACAGGGAAUCACAGCAAUAUGCCUUAUUCAAUGUGUUGAUAUUUCUUCCUGCGAUAGAUAAUUUUUGUUUUAGUACUUAUCAGUUGAUCAGAUUUUAGAAUGAAGAAUGCUUUUCUUAUGUCCUAGUACUGUAUUACAAUGUACAUUAAAAAAGUAUUGCCUGUGA